ACAGUCAGCGCCCCAGACAUCCGCUCUCCCAUUUCUCCCCCAAAUUCGCAAACCCUAAACUCUCUCCCAUCCUUUUCCCAUGGCCAACAUGAUCCAGCUCCCUUGCGAUGGCAACGGCCAUUGCAUGGUCUGCAAUGCCAAGCCACCAGCCGAAGAGACCCUGAGUUGUUCCACCUGUGCUGCACCAUGGCACGUCCCUUGCCUGUCUUCCAAGCCAGAAUCCAUGGCUUCCGUCCUCCAGUGGCAGUGUCCCGACUGCAACCUCGAUGCUCCUGUUGCUGCUCCGGUAUCCUCCGGCAACGAGCUGGUGGCUGCGAUCAGAGCGAUUGAGGCUGAUUCGACGCUGACGGAGCAGGAAAAGGCUUGGAAGAGACAGGAACUGUUGGGUGGAAAGAAGGUUGACCAGGAGGGCGAUGACGAUGAUGAUGAAGAGAAAGAAGGCGGAGAUGCUGACAAGAAAGGGAAGAAGAGUGCUGAGAUGGAUGCGCUGAAACUCCUCGGCGAGAGCUUUAAUUGCUCCUUUUGCAUGCAGCUGCCUGAGAGGCCUGUCACUACACCUUGCGGCCACAACUUCUGCUUGAAAUGCUUCCAGAAAUGGACAGGGCAGCAAAGAAAAACCACCUGUGCAAAGUGCCGCGCCAACAUUCCCCGGAAGAUGGCAGCUCAGCCCCGCAUCAACUCUGCCCUCGUCGCGGCUAUCCGUAUGGCUAGGGUCUCUAAGUUCAUCUCGGAUGGAGCGCCAGCUAGGGUGUAUCAUUUUGUGCACAACCAGAACAGACCUGACAAAGCUUACAGGACUGAGCGGGCUAAGAAGACUGGCAAGGCCAAUGCUGCAAGUGGCAAGAUAUUUGUGACUGUGCCUCCGGAUCAUUUGGGACCUAUCCCUGCUGAGAAUGAUCCAGAGAGAAAUCAGGGUGUUCUUGUAGGUGAGUGCUGGGAGGAUAGAAUGGAAUGCAGGCAAUGGGGGGCCCAUCGUCCUCAUGUUUCGGGUAUCCAUGGGCAAGCUGAGUUCGGGGCACAAUCCGUUGCACUCUCUGGAGGGUAUCAAGACGAUGAAGAUCAUGGUGAAUGGUUUCUGUACACUGGAAGCGGAGGGAGGGAUCUUAGCGGAAACAAGAGGACCAACAAAGACCAGUCGUCUGAUCAGAAGUUUGAAGCAGCAAAUCAGUCUCUUAGACUUAGCUGCAUAAAAGGAUAUCCUGUUCGAGUUGUGAGGUCGCACAAGGAAAAACGCUCAAAUUACGCGCCAGAGGCUGGAGUACGCUAUGAUGGCGUCUAUAGGGUUGAGAAAUGCUGGAGGAAAGUUGGAAUCCAGGGUUUUCAAGUAUGUAGGUAUCUGUUCAUUAGAUGUGACAACGAGCCUGCACCAUGGACAAGUGAUGAGCAUGGUGACAGGCCUAGACCAUUGCCUAACAUCCCAGAGUUGAAGAAGGCCAAAGAUUUAACAGAGAGGAAAGAUGACCCAGCAUGGGACUUUGACGAAAAGAGUAGCCGUUGGACAUGGAAGACACCUCCACCGCUGAGCAGAUUGAAAGUGGACCCUGCGGAUCCUACCCAGAUCAGGAGGGCAAGGAAAGCUAUUAAGGAGGCACAGACUCAGAGUGUUACAGAAAGGCUUCUGAAAGAGUUCAACUGCCUCAUCUGUAAGCAAGUGAUGAAGGAGCCAGUCACGACACCGUGCACCCACAACUUCUGUAAGGACUGCCUGGAGAAGAAAUUCCCGAACAAGCAGUUCACUGUGGAGAGAAGCAGAGCUGGCCGUGCUCUGCGUGCUAAGAAGAAUGUGCUGAAUUGCCCUUGUUGUCCAACUGACAUUUCUGACUUCCUCCAGGACAUAAAGAUUAACAGCGAAGUGAUGGCAGUGAUCGAGAGGCUUCAAGCUCAGUUUGAAGAAGCAAAAGCUGCAUCAGCUGCUGCUAGUGCUGGUGAAUCUGGGGAGGAGAAUCCUGAACCUGAAUCAAAAGCAAAAGAUUCAGAAGGGGAGGGACCCAAAAAGAGGCAGAAGAUUGAUGGGAGUGAUUCACCCUCCAGCCCUCUUCAUAUUCAAUCGCCUCCAAUUGUGGCCCUUUGACUGCUUCACCGUACCGGUGGAUUAGUCUACUCCCCGUGGCUAGCAAGUAGUAAUCAGUAAGGAAGAGAAGCGCGCAGUAGACUCCCAGGAGCUAAAACAGCCUGACAGUUUCAAAUGGAACUGUAAUUUUGCCCCUCGUCGCUUCAUUAUGUUGGGUAGUUCUGCGGAUACUCCUUUUUUAAGGCAUCUUAAUUUGUAAUUCAGCACAGUAAUCUUACUUUCAAACACAGACUAAACUGGGAGCCGGAAAUAUCUGUUCUUACCUUUUCAUCCCACGUUAUAAUGGGUCGGCACACAGUAAAUCUCUUUGCCCAACUUCUUGUCCUCUAACUGCCAUAAGUGAAUUCAUCUGAAGUAGGCUCCAACCAGGUAUACUCCCCAUAUUAUGACAAACUAUUACCAUAACGAAAAUCAAUUUAGGUAACGUUGUUACCACUUACCACUAUGACACUGAUUAUCAGCAUUCAACAGACAAGUUGAUUAUCAAACAAUACAAACAAUAUUCUUAAAAAAAUUGCGAACAAAUGUAUACCUCCCUCUGCAUAAAUGGAAACAGAGGCCAUCAGGAGGUUGGAGGAAAUACAAUUCUAUCAAUUACACAUAGAGAAGUUGUUGGAAAUACAAUUCUAUCAAUUACACAACUCUGACAUGGUUCAACUUCAAACAAGAUUUGACAAAGCACACCUGUUAAACGAUGAUAGAACAGAGGGAGUAAAGACCGGGAAGAAUUAUCAUCCAUGGAUCAUCGCCGAAACGCAUUUCCGCUGCUUGCCUCCGACCUUCCCUGCGAGUAAUAAGCUCGGCGGCGUACACUCUCUUCAAUGGUAGUGCUUCCACCCUUCUCCGCACCAUAAACACUCUUCUGCGCGACAUCCAAGAAGUUCUUCACGCUGUGAGAUUGCUUGGCCCGAGUGUCUUCCUUUACGUCCUCCUCCUCGGCUUUCUUCAGACGCUUCCACCUCCGUGCUUCGUGGAUCUCAGCGUCCAUCUGCAUCUCCCGUAGCUUCGCUGCUCUUUCUUCUUCUGACAGCUUCGGAGCUCGGUUCCUCCACUUGUUCCGAUAAGAAUCAUGGUCAACUCUUUCUCUUUGAACAGGCCGGUCAUCAGAAUACCUCUUAUUAUCACUCUUUGGCAGCUCGUAGUCUUGUUCUUCACGCUGGUUUCUGUCAGAGAACCGACCAGGAGUAGAAUGAUUCCUGUCUCUCAGACCCCUAGAGCUAUCAUUCCUACUUCUCCAGCUUUCUCUUCCAUUAGAUUCACCGUCUAAGGCCGGAUCCUCGUGUUUCUUUGAGCUCUUGUGUUUAUUAGAAUUCCUCUUCCUAACUCGGUCUGUCUCAUCAUCUUCAUCUUCUGAAUCCGGUUUUUGCUUAGAUGAUGAACGUCUGCUGUGCUUUCCAUCACCAUGACGGUGUUUCUUCCCGAGUUCCUUUUUGUCACGACACUUCUCGUUCUCUCCAUCUGCUUGAACCUAUUUGCGAAUGAGAGCCAUUUGGACAGGGUUGUUCUUGAUGCGGGCGAUAGCUUCUUGCUCACGCUGGCGAAUCAUAAGCAACGGAUCAGAAUGAAGUUUUCUCCAGGCGUCAUUGGCGGAAUGAGGCUUGUCCUCAAACAAAGCUCCUGGUGCAGCAGCAGCUGAAGAAGACGAAGGAGGAACAACUCCCUCCGAAGUCUUGCUGCCGCCAGGAAGAGCUUCUUCGAGUUCCUUGAAUGCUACUCCGGCGCCAGAAGAAGAACUGGCGCUUACUUUCCCCACGGACAGUCCUGAAUCGUACAGGAAUUCCAAUCGCUCUUGCCUCGGAACGAGACCAGCUUCCUCCUGGAGCUGGCGAAACUCGGAGCGCUCGCGCUCCUCCUGAAUCUGCUUCUUGAGCUCCUCCAACUUCUUCUGCUCGGCAUCGUGUUUCUGCUCUGCUUUCCAGACGUUCUCUAUGUUCCUUAAGCUGCCGGUAUGCCAUCCCUUCUUGUUCAAGAACUUCAGCGCCAUAUUUACUCCUUCCUUCGCCCUUCUGCGAAACCCUAAAGUCGGCGAAUGAUUUGAUCGGAUUCGACGCGAUGCUUAUCUGUUUCUGGAUCUCGUUAAUUGGUUCUCCAAUCGAGGUGACGAAUUUUCUGUUUUCUUCUCGUGUUUCCUUUCCAUUUAUAUAUUUUCAUUUUUAUUAUCUAAAUAUUUCGAA